GCUAGGGAGGGUUCCCGUUUCCGCGGCCUGGAGAGGAGUUGGGAGAGCCGGCUUCUCGGCCCCACCUGCGGGAACCUGGGCUCGCUGCGGAGCGGAGGCGGAAGAGCGGAGACCCCCGGAGGCAGAGCGACCGCCAGCCGGCCCCGCUCUGUGGGAGACUUUUAGAGUAAUGCAACAGAAGGCUUUUGAGGAAAACAGAUAUCCCUGGCAGGAGUCCUUCGAGAAUGUUGCUGUGUGCCUGCCAUUCCGCUGCCCGAGGUGUGGAGACCACACCAGAUUUAGAAGCUUGUCGUCCCUGAGGGCCCAUCUGGAAUUCAGUCACAGCUAUGAAGAAAGAACUCUCCUGACAAAAUGCAGCCUCUUCCCGUCGCUCAAAGACACAGACCUGGUCACUUCCACAGAACUCCUGCAUCAGGGGAAAUUGCAGAGCAGUGGCCAAGCGGCAAAGCAGAGACCCAGCUAUGUUAACUUGUACAGCAUUUCACAUGAACACUCCAAGGACCGGAAGCCAUUUGAGGUGGUGGCUGAGAGGCCUGUGUCCUACGUGCAGACCUACACUGCCAUGGACCUGCGCACUGACUUGGUGGAUGGGCCACGGUCAAGUCCAGGACUCCCCACUUCGGACACCAAAGCUGCUUUCGAGGCACACGUCAGAGAAAAGUUCAAUCGGAUGGUUGAGGCAGUGGAUAGGACCAUCGAGAAGAGAAUUGAUAAACUCACCAAAGAGUUGGCCCAGAAAACGGCUGAACUGCUGGAGGUUCGGGCAGCUUUCGUGCAGCUGACUCAGAAGAAGCAGGAAGUUCAGAGACGAGAGCGAGCCCUGAACAGACAGGUGGAUGUGGCUGUGGAAAUGAUCGCUGCACUGCGGCAACGCCUGACAGAAUCCGAGGAGGAGCUUCUAAGGAAAGAGGAAGAGGUUGUUACAUUCAACCAUUUUCUGGAAGCAGCAGCUGAGAAGGAGGUACAAGGGAAAGCUCGGCUCCAGGACUUCAUUGAGAAUCUACUGCAGCGGGUAGAACUGGCCGAGAAGCAAUUAGAGUACUAUCAAAGCCAGCAGACCUCCGGCUUUGGCCGUGACAUCAGCGAGCACGUGCUUACAGAUAUCUCCUCGAAUAGGAAACCCAAAUGCCUCAGCCGGGGGCACCCACAUUCUGUAUGUAAUCAUCCAGAUCUCAAGACCCAUUUCCAUCCAAAGGGAAGGAACCACUUGAAGAAGGCCAAGGACGACAGAGCCAGCAUGCAGCCUGCCAGGUCCAUGCACGAACCUGCUGAGUCCUCAAGGGAACUCUGCAGACUGCCCAAGAAAGGAGAGUUCCUUGGGUUUAGCCGGAAAGGCAACAUCAGGCCCAAGAUGGCCAAAAAAAAGCCAACAGCAAUCGUGAACAUCAUCUAAAAGGGUGAGAGGCUUUGGAUUGCUGUCACUGGGCUUUGGGGAAUGUAGUUCCAGGGGCCAACAGAAAUACUUUUGGCCACAUCCCAUAACCAGACACAUUGGAAAAGCAGAGGGUGUCACAUGAGCAAGCACCGCAGUUAACCAGAGUGUAACAUCUGGGAAUCCCAGUGAACCAGAAUUUUAUUAUAACCCCCUUAUAGAAACAAGAGGCAAAUUACAGAAGGAUUUUUUUUUUUAAUUAAAGCAAUCUUAUCCCAAAGAUUUAGUGAAACAAAGUUCCAGCUUCUAAAAUAAUUGGUACACACUCUAGUGGUUUUGGCCUCAGGGCUCCUUUUGCAGUGGUCAUUAAUCCUCAGACCCAAAGCCAUUGAGGACACCAGGCACAGGGAGAAAAUUCUUUUGUGCCCAUAGCUCUCUAAAUUGGGAGGCAAGUGGGGAUGUAAAGUUCCGUUUAAAGCUGUGAGAUAAAAAUAUUUCUGAGUGUGUGUUGUUAACCUUCUCAGUGAAUUUACGGGCCUCCAACAUAAAGAUUGCUGCUCUCCCAAGUAUUCUGGUUCAUUGAGAUUUCAGUCUUUGGAUGGCUUUAAGGGACGUGUUCAUUCCGACUUCAGUUCUCAUUCAAUGGACUGUUUUCAGUUCUUUUGCUUGCUGCAGGAUUUUGUGUCCUGGAUGUGUGUUUAUUCAGAUUCUGAUACACUCUGCUGUCAUCUUUGGCUGAGCCUUCUGCUUCUGCUUCUGCCAGCCUGUAUCUUAAUGGCUGUUUGUGCGGCUGUGGUUGGGAAGAUAAAGUCCUUUGAUCAGCACCCAUGAUUGGUGCCCUGUCUGAAUGGUUGUGAUGGCAGCAGAUUGCAGUUGUAAGCACUGCAGGUGUCACUCAGGGCGUGUCAGCAGCUUGCUGUGUUAGCAGUGGCCAUGACCUUCUCUUUGCUAGCUUAAUGUUCCCACCCAGCAGCUCACUUCACCUCCUGCCACAUCUAUACCCAUCCACGAUUGAAAUAUACAAGGUGUCUCCUUACUUUUUGGUCACAUGCCUGGGGUGUUCAGUGAAGUCAUUUCUGAAAUAAACAGUGCAUGUAGGAUCCAGAACCUGACCACGUCCUCCCAACUUCCCUCUGUAAAAUAGCUCUUGUUUCCACAAGAACCAUCUCUCCAGACUCUCCUGCUUUACCACUUCCUUCAAGAAUGAAUUCCCAUACUGGAAGCAAGAGUACAUUUCUCCAUAAACAUAUACAUAUGUACAUACAUAUAAUAAAACAUAAAGUGUAUGUCAAAUAGAUUAAUAAUUUAUUUUUAAAAUACUCCUGGAAAAAGUGUGUGUUAAUGGUGGGUGGCUUUUAAACUAUAUAUGUUCAUGUAAACUGAAUUCUCUUAUUUUAAAAUUAAUACUGUAACCUAAUUAACAUUAGUGGAUUUAUGAUUGUUAAUGCAAUAAGCAUCCAAUUAGCAGUGCAUUUAAAAUAGAUAAUAAGCAGUUACUUAAAAUGCCAGUAAAUUGAAAAUGUAACUAACUUAUAUAAACAUUUUGAACCUAUCAUAGUGAAACAUGUUGGUAUUUGAGUAUUCACUUUGACUUUUGGCUUAUGUGGGUGGACCAUUGUGUGCUGUACAGGCAGCCAUCAAGUGGGAAAAAGCUGUGAAUAUUGCUGUGAAUAUCACUGUUUAAGAUAACAUUGUAAAAAUUGUAAUGUUACAUUUAUUUAGAGAAUUAACCUCCUCCAAAGUUAUUUAUUAUUGAUGCUUUUACCAUGAUUGCACUUUAGCCUUUUCCAUACUAAAAAAUAUAAAUAUGUUGUAUUGCAUGCUCUUUGUCCUGUAGCACAUAUGCAGUGACAACAGCUUGUUUUUAAAGAUGGGAUAACAAGAUUUUUUUUUUCUGUUUCAUUUAAAGUAGCUUACAUUUUUGAUUUUCAUGUAACAUACGUAGGGAGCAUGUCAGCCCUCUUUGACAGUGGUACCCACUGAUAUUCAGAAAGCACCAGAAUGUGUCAUAUCUACUGUAAACACAAGACAAAUGGUUUUGAGACUCAUUUAUUAAAUGUUUCUUUAAGGUUAUAACUAAAUUAUGACUUUAUACAAAAAAGUGUCUUAAAUAUGUUGUGCUUCCUUGGAGGCAUGAAUUAGUGUUGAAAUAUGGGAGCUGACUCACUCGGAAGAUGGAGGAUACUCCAUCCCUUAUGGCCUAAGCUGGGUGCUAUGUCAUAUUUUUGUCUUAUUUUUAAAUAUUUUCUUUGUCCCCAUGGGCAGUUGACUUUAGACUUGAGGCAGUUGGUUUUUUGAAGGAGCCACCAAAAUUUCUAGACAAACAUGUUCAGGGUUAAACCAGAGAAUAGACCUUAUUUUGUUAUGUGUUUUGAAAGGAAGAAAUCUUCAUUUGAAUUGCUCUUUCUUCUUUUUCUCUAUACUAGGUUACAGACUCUUAAUCUGCAAAGUUCAGUUUGCUUAGACACUGUUUUCCAGUAUUCUGCAGGUCAGUCAGUAGUACAGAAGUUGGAAUAUUCUAUUCCAGAAUUUCAAAAAGAAGUUUUUAGAUUAUGAAAUAUUAUGAUAAUAAAGCUAUAUUUCUGACUAAUGUGUUGGUAUGUUUUGUCUAAUUGAAGUGUUUUGGGGGAGCCAGUU